AUGACGGAUUCAAAGUAUUUUACCACGACGAAGAAGGGAGAAAUAUUCGAACUAAAAUCGGAGUUGAACAGUGAUAAAAAGGAGAAAAAGAAGGAGGCGGUCAAAAAAGUCAUAGCAUCAAUGACAGUUGGCAAAGAUGUGUCCGCAUUAUUCCCCGAUGUCGUAAACUGUAUGCAGACCGAUAACCUAGAACUCAAGAAGCUGGUCUAUCUUUACCUGAUGAACUAUGCCAAGUCUCAACCGGAUAUGGCCAUUAUGGCCGUUAACACCUUCGUCAAGGACUGUGAGGACUCCAACCCACUGAUCAGAGCCCUAGCAGUGCGGACUAUGGGCUGCAUCAGAGUGGACAAGAUCACUGAGUACCUCUGUGAGCCUCUCCGCAAGUGCUUGAAAGAUGAGGAUCCCUAUGUCAGGAAGACCGCUGCCGUGUGCGUUGCUAAGUUAUAUGAUAUCUCUUCGAGCAUGGUUGAAGAUCAGGGUUUCUUGGACCAGCUGAAGGAUCUACUGAGCGACUCCAACCCCAUGGUGGUUGCCAACGCGGUCGCCGCACUGUCCGAGAUCAAUGAAGCCAGUGUGUCGGGACAGCCCUUAGUGGAAAUGAAUGCUCCGACAAUAAACAAGUUGCUGACGGCCCUGAACGAGUGCACGGAGUGGGGCCAGGUGUUCAUACUGGACGCCCUGUCCAACUACUCCCCGCGGGACGCCAGGGAGGCGCACUCCAUCUGUGAGAGGAUCACGCCCAGGCUGGCACAUGCUAACGCCGCUGUUGUAUUGUCUGCUGUUAAGGUCCUAAUGAAGUUAAUGGAGAUGGUAUCGGACGACACGGAGCUAGUCAGUACGUUGUCCCGCAAGUUGGCGCCGCCGCUGGUGACGCUGCUGAGCGCGGAGCCAGAGGUCCAGUACGUCGCCCUCAGGAAUAUCAACCUCGUCGUACAGAAGCGACCUGAUAUUCUGAAGCAUGAGAUGAAGGUAUUCUUCGUGAAAUACAACGACCCGAUCUACGUGAAGCUGGAGAAGUUGGACAUAAUGAUCCGUCUAGCGUCGCAGGCUAACAUCGCGCAAGUACUGGGCGAGCUCAAGGAGUACGCUACCGAGGUGGAUGUAGACUUCGUCAGGAAGGCUGUCAGGGCCAUCGGACGCUGUGCUAUUAAGGUGGAACCAUCAGCCGAGCGUUGCGUCUCCACUCUCCUGGAGCUGAUUCAGACCAAGGUCAACUACGUGGUGCAGGAAGCCAUCGUGGUCAUCAAAGAUAUCUUCAGGAAGUACCCCAACAAGUACGAGAGCAUCAUCAGCACUCUGUGUGAGAACCUGGACACGCUGGACGAGCCUGAGGCCAGGGCUUCCAUGGUCUGGAUCGUGGGUGAAUAUGCCGAGCGUAUCGAUAAUGCUGAUGAGUUGCUCGACUCGUUCCUCGAAGGAUUCCAUGAUGAGAAUGCACAGGUCCAGCUCCAGUUACUGACGGCGGUGGUGAAGUUGUUCCUGAAGCGUCCAGCAGACACACAGGAACUAGUGCAACAUGUACUUAGUCUCGCUACACAGGACUCUGAUAACCCGGACUUGAGGGACCGCGGCUUCAUCUACUGGCGUCUCCUAUCAACAGACCCGGCGGCCGCCAAGGAAGUGGUCCUCGCUGACAAACCUCUCAUCUCCGAGGAGACAGACCUACUGGAGCCCACUCUACUGGACGAACUCAUCUGUCAUAUUAGCUCACUUGCAUCCGUGUACCAUAAGCCACCUACAGCUUUUGUUGAAGGUCGUGGUGCAGGAGUCCGUAAGUCCCUCCCGGCGCGCGGCGGGUCAUCCACCCACGAGGAGCCCGCGCAACCUACUGUCAUACCUAACCAACUACAUGGCGAGUCUCUCAUCGGCGACUUGCUCUCCAUGGAUAUCGGUGGCCCUCCCCCCGCACCCGCUCCUACCUCCAACCUGGAUUUACUGGCUGGUGGCCUGGACGUACUUUUGGGCGGAGGUCCGGAGCCAGGUCCUACGUCAGGCACUACGGGUCUACUGGGCGAUAUAUUCGGAGUCACUACCGCGCCCGCAUCGUACGUCCCGCCCAAACAAUGCUGGCUGCCUGCUGACAAGGGGAAAGGUCUAGAAAUCUGGGGUACAUUCAGUCGCCAGAACGGCCAGCCUCGUAUGGAGAUGACGUUCACCAACAAGGCCAUGCAGGCCAUGAGCGGGUUCGCCAUACAGCUUAACAAGAACAGUUUCGGCGUGUUCCCGUCGGGCGGUCUGAGUGUCGGCGCUGUACCGGCCGGGGCGGCGGCCGACGCCCCGCUGGCACUCGCCACUACCGGACCCGUGCAGAGGAUGGAACCACUUAAUAAUCUACAGGUCGCAAUCAAAAACAACGUAGACGUGUUCUACUUCGCGUGCCUCAUUCCCGUCCACAUACUGUUCACUGAGGACGGACAACUUGACAAACGAGUAUUUUUAACGACAUGGAAAGAGAUCCCCGCCGCUAACGAGGUCCAACACACACUAUCCAACGUUACAGGCAACGCAGACUCUAUCGCUCAGAAAAUGACGCUGAACAACAUAUUCACUAUCGCCAAAAGAAACGUGGAAGGCCAGGAUAUGCUCUACCAAUCUCUAAAACUUACUAACAAUAUUUGGGUACUCCUAGAGUUGAAACUUCAACCUGGUAACCCAGAAGCGACGCUCAGUUUGAAGUCUAGGACUGUAGAAGUCGCGUCCUGUAUAUUCCAGGCUUACGAAGCUAUCAUUAAAUCAUAAUCUCAUUUUUGAAGAGGUAAUUGUAUUUAACUGGUGUUCCGACAGCGUAUUUUGUUAAAAGUAUCGAUAUUGUUAUGAAAUUUAGUAUAUUUAGAAGAUAUGUAGCUGUAUAUGCUCAUGUCUGUCUAGUAAGAUCGAAUGCGCUGUCUCUAAUGAGGCCAGUUUCUACUUGGAAGGCUAGCUUUGGUAAUAAAUAUCUCAAUCUCACUAAAAAUGGCAGGAAAUAAGCUCAAUAUAAAUACUUAAAUAGCAAUAAUGAAGUUAUAGGUCAUGCAAGUAGACUUUGUCAAAUAAUAUUGAUACGAUUUUAGACUGUAUUAAAAAAAAAUAAAGUUGAAAGUCGAUCAAAGCAGUUGACCUGCCAUAUGUAAAUAGAUUGGGGUUUAAACCAAAGCAAGCUAUGUAUCUCGACCUAUAUGUAUAUGUUGGUAUAAGAAUGUUAAUGAAAAGUAUUCCUAUGUAAGUUAUAAAGACUUGUAAAUUCCAAUAUAGAUUGUAUGAAUGUUUAUUGCGCGAUCAUAUACAUUUGAUGACGAUUUUCAUGCCACUGGCGGCGCUAGUGUCGCUGGCCCAAUGGAAUAUUUGCUUAUGAAUCUUUGGUCAGUUCAACUUAUCGACAGCGACGCCUGGGGCCUUAGCGGCUAUCGAUACUAGCGCCACUUCGUGAGCUUUAAACGAAAACUCUCAUUUUUAAAUUGCUUCCAUAUUAAACCAUUAUGCAGCUGUAUUAAUGAAAUUAAAAACUAGAAUCAAAUGAAAUGUUAUUUUAAUUCGAAGUUAAGAGAUUAAAUUGAUGAAAUUAUGGUUUUUAAUGUGGUACUCGAUUGUCUAGUAGCAAGAGUAAAUUAACUGAAAUUAAUAAUAUAUUAUGAUUAUUAGCGCGCCGUUUGGUGACAAACACGCUGUAUGUAAGACGUUACUGUAAUAAAUUUAUGUUAUACUUAUUGAAAA